UUUUGUGGGAUCAAUCAUUACUCAUCAUCCUCAUCAUUUCUUCCAACCAGAAUCCCAUCUAUCCUCCGCUACAAAUAACAUAACCCAUACGUCUCUUCCGUUUUCUCUCUGUCUCUGGACAAAACUUCAAAUUUAUAAAUAAAAAAUUUAAAGCAAAACCCAGAAGAGAAGAGAGGAGAAAAUUGGAGUCAACAACCGACGGGCAUGGCUGCACCGAGGCCGCGUCGAUCGGUCUCCGUCAGAGACCCUUCUGACGGUUGCGAAAGGUUGGAGGGUGCUGGUAGUUGGGACGCUCUUGAAUGGACCCAAAUCGAGCCGGUUACGAGGUCGGUUUCGCAUGCCAAUUUGGAGUUUCUGCUUGAAGCUGAGCGAGUUGUAGAGGAGGGCCAUGGUGUUGUUCUUGUUAAUACUGAUGAGGCCGGAACAUUGUUUGUUACCAACUUUCGUCUUCUCUUUCUUAGUGAAGGCACCAGAAAUAUUGUUCCACUUGGUACCAUUCCGUUGGCAACCAUUGAGAAGCUCAACAAAAUGGUAGUGAAGAUUCAAUCAGCUCCUCGACAAACUGACAAGUCUUCAUCACGUCGUCUUCUCCAGAUCAUAGGAAAAGAUAUGAGAGUUAUUGUGUUUGGCUUUCGCCCUCGUACAAAGCAGAGACGUGUUAUAUUUGAUGCAUUAUCAAGAUGUACAAAGCCAGCAAGAAUUUGGGAUCUUUAUGCAUUUACUUGUGGACCAUCCAAAUUCACUAACCCAAACCCAAAGGUGCGAUUGCUGAAUGAGUACUUUCGCCUUCUUGGGAAAGGCUUCCAUCGUGCAUCAAUGAAUAUGAUCGAAGAUGGGUCAUUUACAUUGUCUAAUGAUUUGUGGAGAAUAAGUGAUAUGAAUACCAACUAUACAAUGUGCCAAAGUUAUCCAUUUGCGUUGAUUAUUCCAAAAAAUAUAAGUGAUGAAGAAGUGAUCCAAGCUUCAACUUUUCGUGCAAGGUGUAGGAUACCUGUAGUCUCUUGGUGUCACCCUGGAACUGGAGCAGUUCUUGCACGUUCAUCACAACCUUUGGUUGGUCUUAUGAUGAAUAUGAGGAGUAACACUGAUGAAAAGUUGGUUGCUGCGCUUUGCACUCAACUUGUUGAUGGAAAGGGUUCAAGGAGGAAGCUUUAUAUUGCUGAUGCAAGACCAAGGAAAAAUGCAUUGGCAAAUGGAGCAAUGGGAGGUGGCUCAGAGUCAUCUUCAAAUUAUUUUCAAUCUGAGAUAGUUUUCUUUGGGAUCGACAACAUACAUGCGAUGAGAGAAAGUUUUGCUCGGCUUAGAGAAUAUUUAGAUACUCAUGGCGCCGCAUCAUCAGAUGGAAUGUCAUCAUUCUUGAGACAUGGGGGUUGGACUUGGGGUGGGGGAAAUCUCAGCAGUAUGUCUGCUUCAGUAUCGACCCUUGGUGACAGUGGUUGGUUAAUACAUGUUCAAAGUGUCUUGGCUGGUUCAGCUUGGAUUGCUGCACGCGUUGCUUUGGAGUCAGCAUCGGUGCUUGUGCAUUGCAGCGAUGGAUGGGAUAGAACAAGUCAGCUGGUUUCACUUGCAAACCUGAUGCUUGAUCCGUAUUACCGAACAUUCACAGGUUUUCAGGCACUUGUUGAAAAAGAUUGGCUAGCUUUUGGUCAUCCAUUUUCAGAUCGUGUGGGAAUGCCAAGCAUAUCUGGAACUUCGUUUGAAUUAACCAGACAAUCUUCUACUGGAAGUUUUUCAUCAUCACCCAUGCGUCAAUCUUCAGGAUCAUUCACACCUCAAGCUUCUAAUUCAUCUCAUGCACAGAACAAUUAUUCCCCCAUAUUCUUGCAGUGGGUUGAUUGUGUUUCGCAGUUGUUGAGGAUGUAUCCCUUUGCUUUCGAGUUCUCUUCAACUUUCCUGGUGGAAUUCUUGGACUGUGUUCUUUCAUGUCGUUUUGGAAAUUUCUUGUGUAACAGUGAGAAGGAGAGACAACAAUGUGGUGUCUAUGAUGCUUGUGGAUGCUUGUGGGCCUAUUUGGCUGAUCUGCGUUCUUCAGAGGGAAGUUCCCAUGCCCAUUGUAACCUCUUCUAUGAUCCAUUGAAGCAUAAUGGGGCACUUUUACCUCCAGCAGCGGCUUUAGCCCCAACCCUCUGGCCUCUAUUUCAUCUUCGCUGGGCUUGUCCUUCUGAAUCCCAAGCUGGUGAGCUCGAGGCUGAAUGCAGGAACAUGGCUAUUAAGUUUUCUGAACUGCGAAAGGCUAAAGAAGCUGCUGAAAAGAAAGCCAAGGAAUACUCAGUAGCCAUGGAAACAUUGAAUGUAGAGUUACGAAAUGAGAAACAGGUCAGCAAAUCAACAGUGAUCUUGGCCAAUAGAGCCAGCAAGGAAAGUGCAGCAAUAAAGCGAGCUGUACAGUCGCUGGGGUGCAGAGUUAACUUUACAAGUAGUGGUGAUUGUACUGUUGAUGUUGAAAGCAAUCCAACUGAAACCCCACAAAAUUUUAUGUGUUCUCCUUCCAGAAGAGAAUCUGAUGCUAUGAUGGGACAUGAUGAGAAAACAGAUUUAUCUGUUUCAAUUACAGUUGUGGCAGAUAAUAAUGUUUCCAGCAGUCCAUUUGGUCAAGUGUGUGAAACUUUAUGUCCUUUGCGUACAAGGGAUGGGGGCUGCCGUUGGCCAGAUGCUGGUUGUGCUCAGCUUGGUAGUCAGUUUGUAGGACUGAAGGCAAAUUUUGAUGCAUUUGACCAGCUUUCUAUUGAUGAUGAUUAUUUUCAGUCUGAAUGAGAAUUUGGAUUUGUAGCUAAGUUGAUGGUACAUAAUCAGUUUUUGCCUCAAUAAUUGGAUAUGAGGUUCUUUUCUUUAUUGAAGAAAGUAGAGUUCACAGGUUUGUUGCAAGAAACUGGAGAUUUUGGCUCUCUUUUUCAGAAGCAGCCUAGAGGUGUGGCAUAACGAUAGUGACCCUUGCUUUUUGGAUGGGUCUCGGGAUAUGUACAGAGAAUGCAGAGUCUAUUGUUAUCAAUCUAGUUUAGAUAUUGAAGGACCGAAGCAAGAAAUUGUACAUUCAGGAGGCUAUCCUAGGUACCUUUCAUAAGGAGGUGCUCUCAGUAUUGCUAUUACAUGACCAUUCUUUUCUUGAAUAAAGAUUAGUUUGUGUACAGAUUUCGGAGACUUUAUUUGCAACAGUGUCACCCAGCAAUCGUUGCAUAAUGACUGACUCCAUACAAUUCACUAGUGAAAGUGCCUUGAUCUUCAUA